GGAAAAUUAAUCAUCAUCAUCAUCAUCAUCAUGCCUGAACCAGCAGGUCUGAAGUCCGCGCCCAAGAAGGGGUCCAAGAAAGCCGUGACCAAAGCGGGUCCCAAGACCGGCAAGAAGAAGAGGAAGACCAGGAGGGAGAGCUACGCUAUCUACGUGUACAAGGUGCUGAAGCAGGUGCACCCUGACACCGGGAUCUCGUCCAAGGCCAUGAGCAUCAUGAACUCGUUCGUCAACGACAUCUUCGAGCGCAUCGCGUCAGAGGCUUCCCGCCUGGCUCACUACAACAAGCGCUCCACCAUCACGUCCCGGGAGAUCCAGACCGCGGUCCGCCUGCUGCUGCCCGGCGAGCUGGCCAAGCACGCGGUGUCUGAGGGAACCAAGGCCGUGACCAAGUACACCAGCUCCAAGUGAACUGGUCUUACCAGUUUCAAACCCAACGGCUCUUUUCAGGGCCACCCACUUUCACUCUGAAGAGAUUUAAAUCCUGUGUUUACAAUCGUACAUUGUUCUGUUUAUGAGUUGUGUUCAUUGCUAUUGGGUGUCUAAACAUAUGGAGAGUGGACCAUAUGUAGACCUCUGUUUAAUUUUCUCUGGCCCCACAUUAAUAUUUUACUAUAAAGGUGAUGUCACACCUUCAGAUAUUUUGUUUGUUAUAUAUUGUAAUCCUAGAUAUUUUGUAUAA